AUGGAUUCUCAAUUAGCUUAUCAUGUUAAUCUAUUAAUCUCCGCCAUUAUCAAUUUUCUUAUUUCAAUUAAUAAUAUAUAUUUUCAACAAUCAACAUCUCCCCAAAAUUUAAUCAAUAUUGAUAUUGAACAACCUCCGAAUUAUACACCAAGACAUGAAUCUAUUAAUGAUUUUCUUGAAAAGAAUCGAAAUAUAAACAAAUACGAAUUUUUCUUAAAAGCAAAUGAUAUCGAUCGUGUCAAUAUGAAACACCAAUAUAUUUGUGGUCUUAAUGGUGGAUCUUGUUGGAAUUGUUAUAACUCUUAUUCGCACGAUUGUUGUACAGCAUGUAAAAAAAUAUUUUUACAAUGCCGAUGUGUUUAUAUAUGUGGUUAUACUUUUCCUACUGGUCAACAAAAUAAAAAUGGUAUAUAUACUCAAUUCAAAAAGUGUAAAUAUUAUAUGUCAGAUAUUAAUAAUAUUGAACAUGAUUAUUUGGGUGUUGUAAAGAAUGAUGAACAUGUGACAUUGUUUAUUAACGAACAAGAUGUUCAAAAUUUUUCUAUCAAAUGUUGUUAA